CUCGAGAAAUUCUCAUGUUGUUUGUUUGAUAGGAACGUGAGGUGAGAAAGUGCCAAGAAAAUAUAAGAGUUACUAGUGAAGUGAAGUGUGUGAUUAUGGAAAAUAACAAGGAUUCUGUGGAGGAGCAGCAGAAUGGCCAAUAUAGUCUUAGAAGCGGGCGACCAAAGAAGAAUGAGACAGAGAAGAAAGCGACUCAGAUUCAGACAAACAACACAAAAUCAUCGGCUAAGAGAAACAAGACAAAAAAGAAUGGAGAUUUGGAUUGUUUAGGUUCAGGUAAGGAUCAAAAGGAGGAGGAAGCUAAUUCUCGGAGGAACAGAGCAAAACGAGUGAAAGAAGAGACUCCAUUGAUUCGUUCAAGAAAGCGAGAUGAAAAUGGGAACAUAAUCGAGUCAGUGAUGUGUCAUCAAUGUCAGAGGAAUGACAAAGGCCGUGUUGUUCGGUGCCAGAGGUGUAAGACCAAACGAUUUUGUAUUCCCUGUUUACACAGAUGGUAUCCUGAUACGAAAGAGGAGGCAAUUGCCGAGGCUUGCCCUGUUUGUUGUGGAAACUGCAAUUGCAAAGCAUGCUUACGUUUAGAUGGAUCUCUUAAAACAUGCGCUGGACAUGCUCUGGACACAUAUUGGACAUGCUGGAGAGACUUGGAUACACUGUGUCAGUUGGGACAAGAUGGGGACAUGUUGUAGACAUGUUGGGACACACUGGAUCGUUUUUUAAUUAUAUAUAUAUAUAUAUUUCUAAUACUGAAAUAGCAUAUCCAAGGUUAAUG